GCUCACCAACCAGUCCCCCACGUGAUAGUGCGACGAGCAGACGAUGGCCCAGGAAAAUGAUUAUGAAAAUGGGCUAUGUACUGAAAAGGAGAAAAGUAUAGCUAUCAAAGAAGUUUUAGAAGAUACAAGUGUUAAAGAGGCAUCCAUCAAGAAUGAAACCACGUCUGUAAAUUCUGGAGGUGAUUGUGAAACUGGGGAAGGCCAUGAGAAGGCGGAGACAGAAACUCAGGAAAAGACAGAAGGAACUACUGAUACAGAUCAUAAAGAUGAGUGCAAAAAUAAAGAAGACAAAGGCAAAGAUGACAAAACUAAAGAAGACAAGACUAAAGAAGACAAGACUAAAGAAGACAAGACUAAAGAAGACAAGGAUGGAUCACUAUCACAAGAAUAUGGUUUCACAGUCAAGAUUCGACCCCCUACCGGCGACCCCUUCGAGAUCCAGGUUAGCAGCAUGGAACUGGUAUAUGAGAUUCACCAGCUCUUGAUGGACCGUGAGGACACCUGCCACCGCACAUGCUUCUCCCUACAUCUGAAUGGCCAGACUCUGGAUAAUUUUGCAGAACUCAAAACUAUUGAGGGCCUCAAGGAAGGAUCAAUCAUAAAAGUGCAAGAAGAUCCUUACACAGUACGAGAGGCCAGAAUCCAUGUUCGUCAUGUACGAGAUUUACUCAAGUCUCUGGACCCAAUAGAUGCUUACAAUGGUGCUGACUGUGCUUCCUUAUCCUUCCUGAAUGUAGUCACUCAGGGGGAUAUCCUGGAAAAGAAAAAAACUCCAGUAGAAUCAGUAGACUGCACACCUCCAAAAUACAUCCUGCCAGGCUGCAAAGAGCGACCCUUCUCCCCCCUGCAACCAUUUGCCAAGGAGCAGAAAACUCCACAGUGCCUCAAGGUCCUUACCAUGAGUGGUUGGAACCCUCCUCCAGGUCCUCGGAAACUACAUGGUGACCUCCUGUAUUUGUAUGUGAUAACACUGGAGGGGAAACCCUACCAUAUUACAUCCUCCACUUGGGGCUUCUACCUAAAUCAAACAACAGAGGAGGAAUUCAACCCAAAACCAACAAACCCAUGCUAUUUAUGCCACUCCCUCAUUGAUCUGCUCUGCUUGUUGUCUAACGCUUUCAAACGUAACUUCUCCAACUUGCAAAAGAAGCGAACAUCUCGACAUCCGUUUGAGCGUGUGGCCACACCUUACCAAGUGUACUCAUGGGCAUCACCCCCCUUGGAUCAUGGUAUUGAUGCACUCCGUGCAGAAGAUGCUUUCAGCAGUAAGUUGGGAUAUGAGGAGCACAUUCCAGGUCAGACACGAGACUGGAAUGAAGAACUGCAGACAACUAGGGAACUUGUACGUCGCUCCUUGCCUGAGCGCCUUCUUAGGGAGCGUGCUAUAUUCAAGGUUCACAGUGACUUUGUUGCAGCAGCAACAAGGGGUGCCAUGGCAGUCAUUGAUGGUAAUGUGAUGGCAAUUAACCCAGGGGAAGACCCCAAGAUGCAAAUGUUUAUUUGGAAUAAUAUUUUCUUUAGUCUUGGAUUUGAUGUCCGGGAUCAUUAUAAAGAAGUGGGUGGAGAUGCAGCUGCACAUGUUGCGCCACGCAAUGACUUACAAGGUGUGCGUGUCUACAGUGCAGCGGAUUUAGAGGGUCUUUACACCUUAGGCACAGUGGUUGUUGAUUAUAGGGGCUAUCGUGUUACAGCCCAGUCCAUCAUCCCUGGCAUUCUUGAGCGAGAACAAGAGCAAUCUGUUGUGUAUGGCUCUAUAGAUUUUGGUAAAACUGUGGUCACUCAUCCAAAGUACAUGGACUUGUUGCAAAAAGCUGCUCAACAAUUAAAAAUUCUUCCUCACAAAGUCUUAAAUGAAACGAGUGAAGAGAUAGAGCUUUGCUCAUCAGUAGAAUGCAAGGGAAUCAUUGGCAAUGAUGGCCGUCACUACAUCCUUGAUCUUCUACGCACUUUUCCUCCAGAUGUAAAUUUUUUGGCCUUGGAAGAGGUUCAGUUAAGUGCUGCAUCCCUGGAGAUGGGUUUCCCUAUUGCUCACAAGCACAAAUUAGCAACUCUUAGGCAGGAAUUGGUGGAUGCUUUUGUGGAUAAUCGUUACAUGAUGUUCCUCAAGUUUGCUGCACUUCACCUUCAACAGCUUGGUGCUAAAAAGCAAGAGGCCGCUAAGCUCCCUGCAGUCAAGGAGAAAGGAGAAAGUGAAAAAGUGAAGGACAACAAAGAUAUAGAAGCUGAAGAAGCAAAAAAGAUAGUUGAGAAUGUGACCGAAAGUAUUGCUGCAGAGAAGCAGGUAGAGGAAAACACCAAGGAUAUCAUUAAAAAAGCUGCUGCAGCUGUGGGAUCUUUAAAGGAAGCUGACUUUGAUGUAAGGUUUAAUUUGGAUGCCUUUUCCCCUGGAGUUCAGCAUGCUGAUCCACAAGGUGAGCAGCUCAAAAAGGAGCGACAGCUAAUUUGUGAUGCAGCAGGAUUUUUAGUGAGUGUACAAUUGCCUAGUCUGGUGCAUGAUCUCACAGACCAUGCUGCUGCUCCCACUGAUGGCACUACUCUGUGUGAGGCCUUACAUACACGGGGAGUUAACAUUCGCUACUUAGGAAAGGUUGCUGUUCUCUUGGCCAAAGUCCCUGAAUUAGAUUAUGUAUAUACCAUUGCUGUUGGAGAACUUAUUGCACGGUCUGUUAAGCAUAUUUUUACAAGUUAUCUCCAAAAUGUUGAAACAAUUUGCUUGUCAUCAGCUAUUGCUCACUUCCUCAACUGUUACAUUUCUUCCUGUAUCAGUCCUCAUGCUUCCAAUAAGAAUGAUGAGCUUCUUUCAAAAAAGAAAAAGAAGAAGCACCCAUUCAGCAACAACAGUCUCUCACAAUGGGCAACAUUUUCACCCAAGUCUCUCUGGGCUCACAUUAAGUCAGACCUUGAAAAGUAUUAUGACUGGACUCUGGAGACAGAGACAGUAGAUGCCACUGUUCAGAAGUAUGGACUCCAAAAAGCAUCUCUCUUGAGAACCUUUUGUAUGAAAUCUGGUGUUCAGAUGUUUCUGCGUGACUACAACUUUGACACCAAAUCUCAGGAGACUUUCCAUGAGCAAGACAUAGUCAAUGUGUUCCCCAUUGUAAAGCAUAUCAAUCCUCGAGCUACCGAUGCAUUCAACUUGUAUACAGCUGGCCAGACCAAGACACAGCAAGGAUUCCUAAAAGAUGGUUAUGACCUCAUCAGUGAAGCCUUAAAUCUUUUGAACAAUGUUUAUGGUGCAAUGCAUCCAGAAAUAGCACAGUGCCUUCGCAUGUUGGCUCGCCUAAAUUUCAUUAUGGGUGACUAUGUUGAAGCCAUGUCUUUCCAACAGAAGGCAGUACUUAUGAGUGAGAGAGUAAAUGGUAUAGAUCAUCCAUAUACCAUUACAGAAUACACCCAUUUGGCACUCUACUGCUUUGCCAACCAACAAGUGAGUGUUGCCUUAAAACUGUUGUACCGUGCUCGUUAUCUGCUUUUAUUGAUUCAUGGUGAAGUUCAUCCAGAAAUGGCUCUAAUAGACUCCAAUGUUGGCUUGAUUCUCCAUGCUGUAGGCCAGUAUAAUCUCUCUCUCCAGUUUUUGGAAAAAGCUUUGGAACUCCAUAUAAAAUUUUUUGGUGAUAGAAGCUUGAAAGUUGCUCUCAGUUAUCACCUUGUUGCUCGAACACAAAGUUGCAUGGGCGACUUCAGGGGAGCUCUCAAAAAUGAAAAAGAAACAUUUACAAUAUACAAGAGUCAACUUGGACCAGAGCAUGAGAAAACAAAAGAAGCUGAUGAAUGUUUGCGACACCUAACACAGCAGGCAGUUGUCAUGGCUAAAAAAAUAAGCGAGGCUUUUAAUGGUCGUAGCACUCUUGGCCUCCCACCAAUUCAAAUACAGCCACCGUCCAUGAGCAGUGUAUUGGAACUUCUUAAUAUCAUCAAUGGCAUCCUGUAUGUUCAGAUCACCCCAGAAGAAAUUGAACGUGUGAGGGCAGAAUUGGAGAAGGGUCAUGCAAAAGCAUUGAAGGAAAAGAGUAAAGCAGAAACUGGACUUGGUAAUGACAAAAAGGAAGAAAAUGAAACCAAGAGUGAAGAGAGUGACACAAAAAGUGAGGAGAGUGAUACCAAGAGUGAGGAAGGUGAAACAAAGAGUAUGGGCAAGUGUGAGGAGAGAGAAGCAAAAAGUGAAGAGGAUGAAAGUCUGAAGGUAAUUGAGGUUGAUGUAAAAAGUGAAGAGGAGGAGGAAGUAGCAAGCAGGUGAAAAUGCAUGAAUAUAAGAUUUUACACAGAGCUCUAAAAUAAUUUUCAAGUUCAGUUUGAACGGUCAUAAAGAAAUAGGCUGCAAAAGCACAAUUGUUUGGAUCAUUGAACUGGCUCAAAAACAAUUACCUCUUGUACACAGCAUCGUCAUGUAAUGUACCAAUGCCACAUAGAAGUUCCUCAUUGUGUGAGGUGGGCUGUGAUAAAAGUUGCAGCUACACAGACAGUUCUUGUCCUGUGUGAAAUGUAGUCACAUGUUGUAGUUCAUUUAACAUAUAAGUCCUAUUUUGUAUGAAGCCUCUAGUUUUGUAUAAAUAGCUGCAGUUAAUGUAAUACAGUGUUACAUACUAGUUAUGUUUUGGUUGUGUUUUGAUAGAAAUAGUUGACAUUCCACUGUACAGCUUGAGCCAGAAUAUGCAAGAAGUUGGACAGCUGUUUGGCCACAACCAUAUCAGCUGUUCAGUAUCAUGCAAUAUUUAUGGUGCUCACAAAUGUGUUUGUUCUUUUUAUACAACCAAUUUUUCAUAAACUCAUAAAUAUAUUUUAUGUUGUGGUUAACUUGUUAAAUUCACAUCAUCUAGUCUAAACAGGGGUUGUUAAAGAUUUUAUAGAUGAAUCUUAAAGUUACAUUUCAUAUCAGUUACAAUGACAAUUAGUUGCUGCAGUUACAUAUACAGUACUGUACUGGCUGAACAAUUGCAUUGAGCUUUUCUUCCAAGUUAAUGUCAAGUAAUUUGCACUACUUUCAAGGUGAAAGGGAAGGUCAAAUAGAUUACUGUAUAUGGGAGCUGAAGUCUUUCAAUCAGUAUGGCAUUUUUAAUGCCUAAAGUAUUUUUGUGCAAUAAUAUUACCCAAAUAUGUUAGACUAUGAAAGGAAAGUAUUCAACUUGGUUUCACAUAAAACAAAUUUUGAUGAAGUAUAAUGAGGAUGAUUAAAUGACCCAUCUCUACUAUUAAGCUCACAACCUAGGUAUGACAUUUUGUGUUGAAAUGUUGAAAUCACUUUUCUUGGUAUGUUCCUCAUUGUCUAAUAAAAUAAAAUAAUUUUUUUUACAAAUUCAGUACUGUACUUCAUAGUGAAAUGCUGCAAUUUUAUUAAGAUGAGGAUGCAGCACAUUGAGAAUUAUGGUAAAAGACAUUUAGAAAAUAAUUGAUUUUUAGUGUAUUUGAAUGGUUUAAACUUCAAUGCUACUGAAGAUCCAAAUGCUGCAUUCUUUGUUUGUUCUAUUAUAUUUAAAAUAAAUAAAUAAAUAUAUACAGUAUAUAUAUAUAUAUAUAUUAGAGAUAAUUCUGACCUGUUGGUAUUAAAUGUAAUAAAGGGGUCCUUAAUUUCUUGCAGCUUUUAGAGUGCCUUGUUGUAUCUUGAGUUAGAGGAAAAUCUUGCUUAUGAGAGCAGUGUGCUUCCUCUUUUAGCUUCCUUUCUUAAGAUGGUUAUAUUGUAUGAUACACAGUGUAUAUAGAGCCUUGUGCUCUUGUAAUGAAGAAUUGUAGAUAACCCAAAAUAAAUUAUUGUUAAUACUG